UGUAGAUGGGAGUAGAAGAUAAAAAGAGAGAAAAACUGAAAAGCAGUAUUUUUUGUAUGUAGUGGUAGCAAGUAUACUGUAGUUUGCCUGUAGUGAUGGAAAUAUGCAGUAGAUAGGCUAAGCUUAUACAUAUUUAUAUAUAGUUUACUAGAUUUUUGGUUGUUAUUGUAUUGACAACUGUGAUGUUGUUCCCAGUCUCCCACAAGUCUGAGGGACAUGGACAUGAGAGUCAUGGCCACAAAACAACAAUCUCAUCUGGGCACGGGGAGGAGGAGCAUAAAGUCUCCCAUAAUUUUGAUGGACAUGGACUUGGACAUGGACAUGAGACUCAUGGUCACAAACCAACAACCUCACCUGGGCACGGGGAGGAGCAUAAAGUAUCCCAUAAUUUUGAUGAACAUGGACAUGGACAUGAGACUCAUGGUCACAAACCAACAACCUCAUCUGGGCACGAGGAGGAACAUAAAGUCUCCCACAAUUUUGAGGGACAUGGACAUGAGACUCAUGGCCACAAAACAACCACUUCAUCUGGGCACGGGGAGAAAAGAGAGGAGGAGGAAAGAAAAGCUGAAAGGAAAGGUAUCUUGUUUAUUCACAGUCGUGGCAAUCUUUUCAUAAAAUGUACCUCAUAUUUUCACUUAUGUCAGUGACGAUUGUGGUGUGUCAGUCUCCCACAAUUUUGAGGGACAUGGACAUGAUACUCAUGGCCACAAAACAACAGCCUCAACUGGG